UGUUCCACCGUAUACCCUUACUACUCUACUCUACACAAAACUAAACUACACACCAGUCUACAGUUUAUACAGUAUAGUAAAGUGUAUAGUGUAUAGUGUACAGUGUGUAUAGUAUUCCCUACUCUGGUAGCUUGGCAUUCUCCAGCUCUUGUAGCGUAUCACCAUCGACUCCAAACCCUGAUCGGUUCGCCGGCCAGUCUGUCACCGCGCGAAGAACGAGAACCACACGUUUGCUUGUUUAACCGGUUCUCCUUUAACCUUUCUUUACAAUCUACUAUUGUAUUAUAUAUACACACUAUAUAUAUACAUCAUAUAACGAAAACGUUGUCGCGUUUUAAAUCGCGAGCACGGACCGAUCGCAGCCAAACUGGCUGAGUGCAUCGGCUCCGCGUUAUUUACAUCACGAUUUACUUUACAGUAUAUCAUUAAUUAGUAUUUUUUAUUAUUAUUUAUUUAUUUAUUUAUUUAUGGUAACGGUAACGGUGACGUGAUUGGAGUGAAAAUUAUUUAAAUAUAAUUAUUUAGUACGAAAACUCAAAGGUGUUUUUUUUUUUUUUAACGAGUGUUUAUUAAUUAUUUGACAAUAAUUAACGUAAAAAGCGAGUUCGUCGGGGUCUGUGUGAAACAAGAGCGCACAGAUACUGUCGAGAUGCUGACGGACAUGACACCAGCUGCGGCUGGUCAGCUUUAUCCGCAGCUUCAGUCCAUCACUAAAUCGCCCGCUCAUCAUAUGGAACAUCCCGGGCUUCGUGGCACCCCACUGGCGAUGCUCGCUGCACAAUGUAACAAAUUGAGCAACAAGAGCCCUCCGCCUUUGGCGGAUGCCGCAGUGGGGAAAGGUUUUCAUCCAUGGAAAAAGAGCCCGCAGAGCAGCGGGAGUUCACCGCAACACCCUGGAGGCGGCGGUUGCACCACAACAGGAGUCACCCAAAGGCCAACAGCGACUAGCAGCGCAGGAAGCACCGGCGGCGGAGGUGGCGGCGGCGGGUAUGCGAGAGCACCAGUCACAUCUUGUGCAUCCACGGCACCCCAGUAUGGUAGCGACUUGUACUUUCCGGGCACGGCGUCAGCACAACCAGCCAGUGACCCGCACCACCACCAGAGCAGUCUCCUCGGCAAAGUCGAGGGGGCAACGCUUGGUUCAGUAUACGGAAGACAUCCGUAUGAAUCAUGGCCAUUCAAUACAAUGCCUGGUGCAACUCAUGGUGGUAUAAAAGCCAGUGAUGGCUGGUGGGACGUACACGGUGCCGCAACAGGAGGUUGGCUCGACGUAAGCGGUACCGUUGGCGUUCACGCUCAAAUGGCAAAUUAUUCAGCAGACUACUCAACCAGUCUUGCUUUGGCUGGCAAUCAUUUACUCACAUCUGCCACCACAGCCAGUCACAAUCUACUACAAGAUACGUACAAGUCAAUGCUACCUGGUGGUCCACCUGGUUUUGGGCUGCACGCACAUCACGCAGCGGCAACCGGCGCCGGGGGCGCCGGCAGUCCUCAAGGUGGCGCUGGUGCAGUAACACAAGCACCUUCGCCACGCUCGCAAAGACGAUACACCGGCAGAGCAACCUGUGACUGCCCGAAUUGCCAGGAAGCUGAGAGACUCGGUCCCGCCGGUGUCCACCUAAGGAAGAAGAACAUCCACAGCUGUCAUAUACCUGGUUGCGGCAAGGUCUACGGGAAGACAUCACAUCUGAAGGCCCACUUACGGUGGCACACUGCGGCACCUUCGAACCCACACCGGAGAAAAGAGAUUCGCCUGUCCGGUCUGCAACAAGCGGUUCAUGCGCAGCGACCAUCUCGCGAAGCACGUCAAGACCCACAGCAGCAGCAGCAGCAGCAGCGGCAGCAAGGGCAAGGGGGGAGCGGGGAGCUCCUCAGCCGAGUCCUGCUCAGACAGCGAGGACAACGGGAGCCAGCAGAGUCCCACUUCCAACAGCAGCACCACCUCGGUGGUGGUACCGGGAGUGGGCCAGGUAGUUCAAUCACAGGGGGGUCCACAACAACAACCGCCGGGCUCUCAGCAGCAGCAACAGCAGCAGGGCCUGGCGGUGGUGGGACCCCAGGUGGGUCAGGACGCCAACGUCACCUCCCAGACCACCACCGGUCACCAACAACCAACAGCUCCCAUGACCCCAAUGCAGAUGACACCUCCACCCUUGACCCCACACCAUCCCCACCACCCGCAUCUCCCGCCACUAAUGCAUCAUCCUCAUCAUCACGCAACCUCUGUAACAGCGGCAGUGCAUCAUCAUCCGCACGCGGGGAUGAGCAUGCACUGAGCCCGGUGGGGCCCGGAGCCGGUGGCUGCAAUAACGGUACCACAACGGCCCUGGGCUCCCCAUUAUCCUACCCACUCAACCUAAACCUCAUGCACCAGCAACACCACACUGUCAAUGUCCUCACACAUCACCAAAUCAAUCAACACCACUUACAACAGCAACAGCAACAACAACAGCAACAACAACAACAACAACAACAACAAGCUCAACAACGCCACAAUCACUACCAACAACAACAACAGCAACAACAACAACAACAACAACGUCAAAACAACUCUUACACUCUUACACAGAAUCCCGGCACUCCUCAGACCCCUUCCCCUGCAUCUCCAGCACCUGUACAUAAUAUCUAAGUAUCCUACAUACACUAUUCUAAUAUAAUAAAAUAAUAAUAAUAAUAAUAUAAAUAAUGCACUUUAAUCACAAAAUACUUAUCGCCAUUGCUGGCACGUCCCUAUGCACACGUCUUUGUUUAUUAAUUAAUUGUUCUAAUUGUAAAUAUUAUACAUAGCGCGUGAAAGAAAAUAAUAUUAUAUUUAUAGUGAUAUAAUAUUGUAUAAAGACACACACGGUAUUUAGAAAACUUAAAAAGUUAUAAAUUUAAAUAUUACAUAUUAUUAUAUAUUUAAAAUCUAAAGUAAAUGCAAAAGUACAUAUAUAUAGUUGUACAAUAAUUGUCAUUGUCGAUAUGAUAUACGUGUUCGGUCGAUUCGACGCGAAUGUAUAAUUAAUUAAAUACACAUAUAUUUAUAUAAAUCAUAACACUAUAUAAAUAUAUAUGUAUAUAAUAUAAAUAUAAAUAUAUAAAUACAUAUAAAAGUAUAUAACGCGUCGAGGGUCGAUCUUCGAUGGGCUCUCGACCGGGUGGACGGUUUAUAAAAUAAUUUUUGUUAGACGAAUUUUAAUUUCGUAUAUUAGACUCCCCGUUGUUGUCAUAUUUCAGAUGAACGUGGAAUUUGUACUCGGAUGGAGCUUCAUAUCACGCCCACCCGUAUAUAAAUCUAAAAAGUAUCUUACAAUUAUUAUUAUUAUUAUUAUUAAUUAAUUAAUUAUUAUUAUUAUUAGUUAACUAUUAUGGAUUAUUGAUUAUUAUUAUUAUUAAUUAUUGAUUAAUGAAUUAAAUAAUUAUUAUUGAAGUAUUAUAGAUGAUUAUGAAAAUUCAUUUGAGAGAGACAAAAAAAAAUAAAUGAUGCUUUUUGUGAGUACGAAUCGAGCUUUUAUCAUUAUUUCGAUCACGUGUUUCCCACCAUUAUCAUCGUACAUCAAUCCCUAAAUUUUUCCGGAACUCGUGAUGCAUUGAUAUUAAUAAAUUAUCUUUUCUACUAUCCACGCUUUUACACACACACACACACACACGUAGACUUACACAUAAACUCAUGUAACGAAUUCGCGGGUGAACAAUAAGCAUAAAAAAAGCAAAUAAAGAAAAUAAGUGGAAGAGAAACGAAAAGAGGGGGAGCUUUUGCGGUGGUUAAUAUCACAUGGGCCGUUAGCUUCUGAACUCUACGAGCCAUGAAAUGUCCCAUCAUAACAUAAGCCCCCUUUCAUUUCCCAUGAUGCAACUUGUCUUCCCCUUUCAAUUUACCCUAAACUUUUUCUUUUUUUUACUCCACUGGUACUGGGAUCUCGGAUCUGGGAUAUCAUGACACGACCGUGAAUCUAACAUACGCUAACUGGGUGAUGACUCUACUUUUUAACUCGUAAAAAAAUUCAUUGUAAGAUUGACUAAAAGCUUGAAAAUAUGAAAAGCAUCUCAAGAUUCAUUUGCAAAGUAAAAAUACUUAUAAACUUGAGUACUUAAUUUUAAAAAAAAUUUAUUUUAAUACACUGUAAAAAAAGCGGUGUUAAAACGAAAUAACUCCGGUGUAGACGUUGUAAUUUGGCGGUGUUGAAUCGGUGUAAGAAAAAUAAAUUCCACGCAUAGAAAUUAGAAGAAAAAAAUAUAAAAAUUUAUUUUCAAAAAAUGAAUCAGUGAAUAUUGACUGAUUUAUUUUUAGAGACUACGCCGGUGGCAGUGUUGAAAUUUAACACCGAAAAUUUUAACACCUACACCGCCUGGACUUAUCCCAUUUUUUACAAUGUAUUUUUACUUGGGCUUAAAUCGUUACUCUGAUUAAUUUUAUUAUUUAUCUAUCAGUUUAAAUUAAAAAAAAAAAAAAAAAAUUUGUCGAUCGCUAAAUAGUGUUCAGUCACGGUGACUUUAUUCUAUCACUCUUUUACUAAUCAUUCUCACUAUUAAAUUUCGAUUAUUAUUAUGAUGAUAAUGAUGAUAAUGAUUAUAGAUAGAUUCAGUGAGGCUUAAACUAAAUAAUAUUUCUAACUCGGCAUUAUUAGUGGGGAUGACUUGGCUCUCAGCACAACUCUAUCUCAUAAUCUCCUCUUCUUUAUUUUUCUGAUCCGCUCAAAAGCUUCCCGACACGUUAAUCCGAUGCUCCAAAAAUCCCACAUGUAAAUAUAUUUAUAACUACAUUGCAUCUCGAGAACAGUUACACACCACUUCCGCAAUAAAUAAUACUUUUCAUAGCCAUUAAUUUAAUUAGCAAAUAAAUAAUAUAUAUAAUAAUAGUUAUAUAAUAAAUUUUAUUCUAAGACUUAUUUUUAUUUUAUCAAUAAUUUAUUAAUUACUUUAUUAUUUUUUUUAAGUUUUAAAUUAUUUAGGAAUUUUUAUUAAUUUAGGAAAUUGGAAAUGGUUGUAAUGGACGCAUUCUUCUGUCAUAUCAUGCAUGGAUUGUAUUUCUUCAGGGAUUCGGAUCAAUAUGCCAGAGAUUACAGAAUAAGAUCAUUAUGCAAAGCAGCAGUAGCAGUUUGGAGGUUUUAAGCGACUGAGGGGUCGCGCCGCAACUACUCGCGGGGGGUGCGGUUAAUGUCGAGCAGCUCGCUAGGCAGGGUGCCCAUUCGGUGAUUUAACUCAGGAGGGUGAACACGUUUGUUAUUCAAUUUGCAGCCCCAUGCGCACUACAUCGUACCAGCCACUGUUCGUCAUAUAAAUAUAUAUAUAUAUAGAUAUAUAUAAUGCACAUCAGAGUCUACAACUAACUGCGAGCUGUGAGUCUGUGUCGUUUUCGCAUCGCACUCCUGAUAUUAUUACCCCUCACUGGUUUUAAAUCAUCUACCAUCACUCUUAUUCACCUUUCAUUCUUUUCCUCUCUUUAACUUUUUUUUUCACUUGUCAAAAUAAAAAACUGAGCUUGCUGUUUAUUAUUUUUUUUUGUCUUUCAGCUCCUGUUAAUUCUCACACUUUUAAAUUUAAUUCAAUUAACUAAAAGCUUAUAAAAUAAAUUUAUAAUAUAGUUAAUUAAAAUCCAAAAUUUAUUUAAAAAAUAAAUUUUCAAAAUUCAUUUUUAAUAAAUACUACACAGAAAAAAAGGAUUUCUUGGCGCAAGAAAUAUUUUGCAGUAUGAAUUGAAGACAAAAAUUUUUUUAGGACAAGAAAAAAUUUCUUGGCGCGAAGAAUUUUUUCUCGAUUAAAAAAAGUUUUGUUUUCAAUUUAUAAUUCAAAAAAUUUCUUGGAGCAAUUGAAAAUUUUCUUUGGGCGAGUUAAAAUUUUUUGCGCCAAAAAAUCCUUUCUUCUGUUGUGACAAAUUACUUUCAUUUAAAAUUGGAUAAAAUAAAUAAAAACUAAAAAAUUUUUGAAUUGUGAUGGUAAAUAUAAAAAAAUUUAUUUAUAUUUGUUGGUUUUAGAAAAAAGUAAAAAGUGAGAAUCACAGCCACUAACUAGUUACCGCAGAUAGACUUUUAAAAGUUAACGAGAGAUAUAUAAAAGAUACGAAUGAAUGAGUAAAACUAAAAAGACGUGGGUGGCGUUUGAGUUGUGUUGUGUAUCCUAUCCUAUUCAAGGCUGUGUAAUAUUAUGAGGAUUUGUGUGUAUGAGGAGUGUGUGAUGUCGGCGUGUGACAAAGCGCAUACGUGUACCGCAGGAUCGCCACACGAUGAUGAAAGACCCUUGGGUAUAGUUAACAAACCCUACAACACUCUUCUGGGGAUAUAUAUCUUUCAUACCCCACAUCUCACGAUAUACACUCCGAAUACUUAGCUCUCAUUUUACCAAAGUCGUACCGACACCGCAUGCCUUUUUUAUUAACUCGCCUCUUUUCUAACAUUUCCCAUCUCUUUCUCCCUCUCAUAUCAAGAUAUCACACUCUCACUUUCAAUACUCAUCUAAUUUCUGGCACAGGUCCUCUUUCUCGCACAAACCGACAGAGGAAACUAAUUUUAAUUUUAUUUUUUAUUUAUUUUUUUUCGCUUACGUAUUUUUCUUACGCCACCCGAGUGACCCAGAUAAUCUGCUUACCGGAUACAAAUGUCAGGAACAAUUCUUAUUUAUUACCAUUGUUUUGAAAACCAUACCUACCAUUAAAACAAAAAAUAAUUUAUAAAAUGUAAAAGAAAAAAAAUCCUUUACGGUGAAGAGUACAUUAAAUUUUUAACUAAAUUAAUUUACGUGCAAGGUAUUAUUAUGUCAACCCUUUUAUUUUUUUUUUAAUAGAAUAUGAAAAAAUUUAACUGCAGCCAUAGGUAUUGAAUUUAACGAGUAGGUACAAACUAUUUUGAUGAUACAGGAUGUACGGUUAUGAGGGUUAAACAACCCCUGUGUUUUAAUUUUUCGUCAUCAGUAACGGCUGUCUAAAUACAUUAGACAAGCUUAAUUUUUUUUUUUUUUUCGUAAAUAUCUUAAAGAUGUUUACCGUAGAAGAAGGUAAAAAUAUUUUAUUAGUGUCCUAUUAGAAUUUUUGAGUUGUUUUUUACUAAAAAUUUGUUUACAGUUAAUAUUUGUUGAUGUAGUUUGUUAAAUAACAUGCAUUUUUAUGAGAACCCUAGCAUAAAAUAGCUUCGUAGUUCACAAAAAAAAAAUAAUUUUUCAGUAACAGUACAACAGAAUACUCGAAAACAUAAAAAAAUAUAUUUUUUUGGUACUUAUCAUAAAAUUGAAACAACAAUUUUAACGAAAAUAAAUAAAAUUCUGAGUAUACUUGAAUUUUAGAAGUAUUUAAAUUUUUAGAAAAGUUGCAAUCGAUGGAAAAAUUCAUUUUUACAUACAUGAAAGAAAAAUAAUUUUGCAACAAUAACUAUGUUGGCUCAGGAAACUACUAGCAGUUCGUCGCGUGUUUUUUUCUCUGCAUGGGUACACGGUAAUUUCUUCAUAAAUAAUAGUAAAAACGACUACAUAUGUAAAUGAUAUUUCACUGUGUUAAGUAACAAUAAAUAAGCAAAAUGGUAAUUUUACAGAUGAAAUAAAUUUUAGUAUAUUAAUGAAAUAUUUAUAUAAACUGUAAUAAUUUUCUGAAAUUAAUAUUAUAUCAAAAUAUCCUUAUAAUAGUUUGUACUCAACUAUUAAUGACAAUAUUUAUUCGACUAUAAUUCAUUAUUUUUGCAUUAAUUAUAGAAUAAUUGUCAUAUUUUCAAGAAAUAAUUAUAUUUUCACAAAGUCACUGUAAUGAAUUUAAAUUUUUUAUAAUCUUUACUAAUUGUAAAAUUUAUUGUUAUAAGUCAUAGCGAAUUAUAUUUUAUUUUUGUUCAAAUUAAAUUGUAUAAUAUUUGACGUCAACUAAAAAUGUCUGCCAUAAGACAGAGAAAUGUUUAGAUAAUAUUUUUCAAAAAUCACGUAAUAAAUCAUACAUCGAUAGGAUGAUAUCUAUUGUACACUUAAUUUCUCUUAGUAAAGUCGAGUAUUUAUAACUCUAAAAUUUUUGGUAAAAUUUAAUACUAACAUCUCAUGUACAUUUUUUUUAAAUGUCAGCAAUUUUUUUAAAACCGUACGUCAUAAAUAUUAAUCAUUAUUUCAUAAAUAAAAUUUUGAUCUUUUUAAUUAAAACAAAGGAAGAGGCUUGAAUUUGAGAUUUUAUCCUCUGGACUACUCCAGGCUACUUUGAAACAAAAUUUUAGUCAUAUCUUUCUACUCUCUUAAAAUGAGUCAGUGAAAAAUUCUCCAAUUAGUGAAUAUUCACUGCACUAAUAGCCCCAAAUCUAUCAUUAAUUUAAUCAGCGAUAUACUUAGGACUGAUUCGCAAUAAAUAUUCAUUGAUUUGCAGUACGUUCGACUGAUUCAUUUUAAGAGAGCAGUUUCGUAACACAUUUUUCCUACCCGGGCCGAAAAAUUUGAACUGUUUUAAAUCAAAUAAAAAUUUUAAGUUAUUUCUACUUAAUUUGACUGUUUAUUUGUAUUUAAUUAACAUGUGAAAUUUAAUCUAGUUUCGCUGGUAUUAUUCCUUACUUAGACUUUUUUUAAAAUAAUUUUUGAUCUGGUUUUAGUCACGUCUAGAUCUAAAUCAAACUUUUUUCUUAUAAUAAAUCGCCUUCUUAUAUUUUUAUCCAAACUAAAAUCCGACUUUUACUGCCUAUUAUUUUUAUUAGUCUGUUUUUGAUCGUCUUUAGACUAAAAACAUCUUGAAAUUUUUAUAAAAAUUUAAAGACAGUCCAAUUAGUCCAAAUAUUAUCUAAGACUAAAAUCAGAAUUUUUUUGACCCGGGUAUAAAGAAAAAAAAAUUGCCGUAAAAAUUUAUUAAUAAAUAAAUACCCAACUUUAGUUGACCCGAUAGUAUUUUCAACCCUAUUAUUUACAAAAAUAAAAAUUAAUAGAAUUUGUAUUUACAAGAUAGCAUCUGUCUGAUAAUUUGAUAUACUUAUUAAAGGUAUAUCUUUAUAUAUAAAAUACAUAAAUAAAAUAUAUAUUUUGUAUACUCAAUGUCUCACGUGCAGUAAAUUAACAUUACAAAUAUAGUCAGUUAGUUUUCUCUCGUUAGUAUAUAAUAAGAAAAACAACUAAAAGUUGUCGUCAACUGACACGCGUAAAGCAAAUACAAACGAUGAGUCUGGCACACGCGUCCUGUUACCAAAGUGCCGCCCUCAAAAAGUUUGCUUAGGAGUUAGAGGAUUCAGCUGAGUUUGUAUAGGCCUACUUAUGUUAACUAAUAUAACUAAACUAUAUAUUUUACUUGGCAUACAUAUUAGACUCGGAUAGUAUAGGAUACUUGGGUGGACCACAAGCUUAAGUCCUGUAUGGAGAUGAGUAAAGGCGGCUUCAUCACAGACGAAGAUCAGUAUAAGGAAGCCAACAGCCAAGUGAUCUGAUGCCUGCCCGCACUUGAACCAUUCUUACCACUCUCGACUCUUGACUCUCCACUCUGGAUAAGUAUACCUACCACACACAGCCAUGGAUAUUCUGUAUACUGAUGCUGAUCCACUUGGAAAUGGAGUAUAAUUUAAAGCAAACGAGCAGAUGAAGAACGAGGACUCGCGUAAAUUAUCAUUCCGAUUAGCAGAAGCUCAAGUGUCUAGUUUACAAUCUCUUAUGACAUCUCAGUUAUUUUUUUAACUGAUGCAUCAACUUAAUUUUGUAAUGAUCCUUUUACUGUAACUAAAUAAAAACAGUAUGAAUUA